CUUUCUCCUGCGCUUCCCCUGUCGCCGUCCCUUCCGCCAACACCCUUCCGAUAAAUACCUCGCCAAGUCGCCAUAGCCGUUGCGCAACACCAUCUAAUCCUCCACGGGCACCACCAACUCCAGCCGGCAAACGCACGCACGAACGCGCCGCGCCGUCCGAUCCCGAGACCCGGAGGAGAAGAGAAAAUCCCAAUGGCGCCGCGUUCCUGGCUCCUGGCGCUCGCCGCCGCGCUCGCCCUGCUCAACCGAGGCGCGCGGGCAGCGACGUUCACCAUCGCCAACGGCUGCGGGUACACGGUGUGGCCGGGGCUGCUCUCCAGCGCGGGCUCGGCCCCGCUGCCCACCACCGGGUUCGCGCUCGCGCCGGGGGAGUCCCGCGCCGUGGCGGCGCCCGCGGGGUGGUCGGGCCGCCUCUGGGGCCGCACGCUCUGCGCCGCCGACGCCGCCACCGGCCGCUUCGCCUGCGCCACGGGGGACUGCGGCUCCGGCGGCGUCCAGUGCGGCGGCGGCGGCGCCGCCACGCCCGCCACGCUCGCCGAGUUCACGCUCGAUGGUAGCGGCAGCCUCGACUUCUUCGACGUCAGUCUCGUCGACGGCUACAACCUUCCCAUGGUCAUCACGCCCAGUGGCUCCUCCUCCUCCUCCGGCAAGUGCGCGGCGACGGGUUGCGCCGCGGAGCUGAACGCCGCGUGCCCGGCGGGCCUGCGUGUGGACGCCGCCGCGGACGGGCCGGUGGCGUGCCGGAGCGCCUGCGACGCCUUCGGCGACGCGCAGUACUGCUGCAGCGGCGCCUACGGGAGCCCCGCCGCGUGCCGGCCCUCGGCAUACUCCCAGUUCUUCAAGACCGCCUGCCCGCGCGCCUACAGCUACGCCUACGACGACGCCACCUCCACCUUCACAUGCGCCGCCGGCACCACCGACUAUACCGUCACCUUCUGCCCCGGCGUACCCACCAGCGUGAAGUCGACGGGGCAGAACCCGCAGGCCGCCGGGCUGCCGCAGCAGGCGAACAACGGUACCACCAUGGUCUUCUUCGGCGGCAACGCGCAGCCCAGCAGCGCCGCCGCCGCCGCUGCCGCCACGAACCUUCUCGUCGCCGUCGCGGUCACCACGGCCGUGGCCCUCUCGUCUCGCGUCCUCUGAGCGCAGCCGCCGCUACUGCGGGUAGGUUGGUGGAUUAGCCGCCGCGGCGCCACGCAUCCAGCAGCGAGGCGCUGCCGACCGGUCGCCAUCGCUGGAGGGUGGGUCCCGUCCCUCGCGGAGGCAUUUGACGACGGAAGAAGAUAACGCUGACCGGGGCACAGAGUGUGAGCUACCAAGCAUGCUGAUCGGUUCAGCUUCUCGUUAUUUUAUUGUAUCUUAGGAUCAGUAGACUAGCUUUUCUCUUCCGGUUAUUAUUUUUUCUACUUUGAAAAAUUAUUUUUAUCUGUUGGGCGGCGGAGACAGCCGAGUGACUCAUUCAUUAUUCUCUGUCGUAUAUGCAACGGAACAGAGUGGAUUCAUUGUAACUUGAAAAUGAUUAUUCAUUUUUUUGGGAAA